UUUUCAAAGUUUUAAAAAAAUGGAGGAGCUGUAAUCAAUUUUCUCAAGCUUUUUUGUUCAUAAAUUGAUAGAAAAGCGACAGUUUUUAACGAAUUAAUUAGUGAAUAUUGAAGUAAUUCGUUCUAUUGUUACUCAGGUAGUUUGGAUUUCCAUUUCUAGCUGCGAUCACUUUCAGUCAUCAAAUUUUAAUACCGAAGAUGGCUUUACCUCAAAACUAUCGGCAGAUAACUCCUUCACCAGGACCAUCGAAUCAAACGCAUUAUGCGGGCCCUUCUCCAUCGUUCAACAUUUUGAAAGAACGUCUGCGUGCGAGUGGUGGAGCAGGAUCAGGAUCAUCGAGAGAAUCAGCGAAUCAAAAUCCAUUUGUGAUCAAUCCUCAUGGUAAUCCUUCAUUCCAUCCGCAGAAAAUUAAUCGAAAUGCGAAUGACAGCAGGGGUCCAAAACCUCCGAAACCGCCGGAAAAACCACUUAUGCCUUACAUGCGAUACAGUCGUAAAAUGUGGGAUCAGGUGAAAACCGAAAAUCCGGAUAAAAAAAUUUGGGAAAUUGGUCGCGUUAUCGGUCAGAUGUGGAGAGAAUUGCCUGAAGAAGUUAAAACUGAAUAUUGCGAAGAAUACGAAGCUGAAAAGUUGGAAUAUGAAAAGAAGAUGAAAAUUUAUGAAAAUUCGCCCGCAUAUUUAGCAUAUUUAGCGACUAAAACGAAAGGCAAAUCGAAAGAUUCUCAAGUAUCUGAUGAAAAAGACGGUCACGAUCGUUCAUCCUCGAGUGGAAAGCAAUCAGCGGUGGAUCGUAGAAUCGACAUUCAGCCAGCCGAGGAUGAGGAAGAUAUGGACGACGGUUUGAGCGCCAAGCACGUAGCGUAUGCAAGAUAUAUGCGUAAUCAUCGUUUGAUUAGUGAAAUAUUUUCGGAUUCCGUGGUACCGGAUGUACGAUCGGUGGUGACUACGACCCGUAUGCAGGUUUUGAAACGUCAAGUCCAAAGCUUGACCAUGCAUUUGAAAAAGUUGGAAGGAGAAUUGCUCAUGAUCGAGGACAAGUUUGAAGUGAAGAAAAGAAAAUUCAUCGAAAGUAGCGAAACUUUCAACGGCGAAUUGAAAAAACACUGCGAGAAACACAUCGACGAAGAAAUGUUUGAAAAAAUGGUCCAACAGCAAUUGGAAGUAUUACGUCGCGAUCGCACUCGAGAACAAAAUCCGUUGCCUCCGACUCCUCCAUCGUCGGUAACAAGCAAUGACGAAAGACUUCCUCCUCAGACUGUGGCCAGUGCUCCUACAGUUCAAACGACUGUCACUACGAACGGCGCAGGCGGCGGAGCUGCUGUGGAAUCUGCUCCGGUCGAAACUCCGGUACCUACUCCGCCACCUCCGGCAUCGUUGGAUGAUCGAGCUAAUACAAAUUCGGCGGCAUCAACGCCGGCCCCGACGCCGCCACCUAUGGCGCCUGAAAAUAAAGACAUCAAGCCGGCCGUACCGGAAACCGAACCUCCUUCGAUGACUACAGAAACAGUCACCCCGCCAGAAACCACUCCAUUACAAACGACACCCAAAAUCGAGCCUCCGGCUGCUGUUCCAACUGUGGCCGCACCGCCACCACCUAUGACGCAUCCGUAUCCUCCUCAACCGGCAUUCCACCCGCAAGCGCCGUCUCCGGGUCCGAUGCCACCCCAAACCGGACAUUCUUAUUCGCCAACUGGACAUAGCGGUCCACCGUACGCUAGUCAUCCGCAUGGUCCGGUACACGGUCAAAUGCCAGCCGUGCAGCCAGCAGUGCCUCCGAUGCACCCAACCGGUCAAACUCCUCCUCCGCAGCCGAUACACCCGUCAGCCAUUCAUCCGCAUCCGCCUAUGGCUGGACCGCCGCCACCGCCCCCUCAAUCUCAAGCUGGAUAUCCGGCACCGUAUCAGUAUCCAGGCGCGACACAGCCGCUCCCUCCGAGACCUCCGCAUCCGUAUAAUUAUCCUCAACCCCCGUAUCCUCAAUAUCCGCCUCAUGCGUAUUAUCAAAAUCCCUAUCCUCCGUAUAACGCUCCUGGUCAUAUGGCGCCGGCUAGACCUCAUGCUCAUUAUCCGCCUCAUAUGUCUCCAUCUGGAAUGGAACAUUCUGCCGCUCCUCAGCCGGGAAUGCCUCCCGAAGAAGGUGCUUAUACGCAGGCUCCGAAUAUGGUUCCCCAUCCCCAAGUUAUGGAUCGACGUAGUCCGUCAGGCAAUAUACCACCAACGGAAGCUGUGCCGGAACCUAAUCCGCAGCAACCUCCUCCUGAAACACCUUCCGAACCUAAUACAGCUCCUGCGAAUGGAAGUGAAGUACCUCCUGCGGACAAACCCGAUGCAGCCCCUACUGAAUAAUUUAUGUAUUGUUGGAAAAAAUAGUGUAGGACGUUCGCCUGUCGAUAAGCGGCGUAUUGUUGUAUGUACUUUUUUUUACGUUUAGUUUUAUUAGGUAUUCAAAAUCCAUCAUAUUGCUACUGUAAUUCUUUUUUAUGUAUAUUUUGCUGGUGAAAAGCAUCAUUAAAAGUGCUAUUUUGCUAUCCAAUCGAA